AUGCUCAGUACUGUUUCUAGACGUCUGUUCAAUCGUCUGUGCCGUCGGUAUGAACGAACCGGCCACAAUGACGAUCUCGAGGCUGCCAUCAGCCGGGCUCAAGACGCCCUGCAGGCUACUCCAGCCGACGAUCCCGACCGCGCAUGCUAUUUGAACGACCUCUCCAUUCACCUGUCCAAUCGAUAUGAGCGAACGGGCAAUUUUGAUGAUCUCGAGGCUGCGAUCAGCCUGGCUCAAGACGCCGUGGAUGCUACUCCAGUCGACCAUCCCGACCGCGCACGCUGUUUAAGCAACUUGUCUAAUUACCUGUCUAGUCGAUAUAGGCGAAUAGGGAAUCUUGACGAUCUUGAGGGUGCCAUUAGGCGGGCUCAAGACGCCGUGGAUACUACUCCAGCCGAUCGUCCUGAGCGCGCAGCCAUUCUGAACAACCUCUCUAGUCACCUAUGCAGUCGAUAUGAGCGAGCGGGCAAUCCUGAUGAUCUCGAGGCUGCUAUCAGGCGGGCUCGAGAUGCCGUGCAGGCUACUCCAGUCGACCAUCCCGACCGCGCAGGCCGUUUGAACAACCUAUCUAAUAACCUAUCUCGUCGAUAUAAGCGAACGGGUAAUCUUAAUGAUCUUAGGGGUGCUAUCAGCCGGGGUCAAGACGCCGUGGAUGCUACUGCAGUCGACCAUCCCGACCAGGCGAUAUAUCUAAACAACCUCUCGAGUCACCUUUCUAGUCGAUAUAAGCGGACGGGCAAUCUUGAUGAUCUCGAGGGUGCAAUCAGCCGGGCUCAAGACGUCGUAGAUACUACCCCAGUCGACCAUCCCGACCGCACAGGCCGUUUAAAUAACCUCUCUAAUCACCUAUGCAGUCGAUAUGAGCGGACGGGCAAUCUCGACGAUCUCGAGGCUGCCAUCAGCCGGGCUCAAGACGCCCUAAAGACUACUCCAGUCGACCAUCCCGACCGCGCAGGCUAUUUGAACAACCUAUCUCUCAAUCUAGGCAGUCGAUAUAAGCGGACGGGCAAUCUUAAUGAUCUCGAGACUGCUAUUAGCCAGGCUCAAGACGCCGUGCAGGCUAUUCCAGCCGACCAUCCUAACCGCGCAGUCAUUCUGAGCAACCUGUCUCUCCGUCUGUCCAGUCGAUAUGAGCGGACGGGCAAUCUUAAUGAUCUCGAGGGUGCAAUCAGCCGGGCUCAAGACGCCGUGCAGGCUACUCCAGUCGACCAUCCCGACCACGCGGGCCGUUUGAACGACCUCUCAAAUCACCUAUACAGUCGAUAUGAGCGGACGGGCAAUCUAAAUGAUCUCGAGGCUGCUAUCAGCUGGGCUCAGUACGCGGUGCAGGCUACUCCAGUCGACCAUCCCGACCACGCGGGCCGUUUGAACGACCUAUCUCUCCAUCUAGGCAGUCGAUAUGAACGGACAGGCAAUAUUAAGGAUCUCGAGGCUGCCAUUAGCCGGGCUCAAGAUGCCGUGGAUACUACUCCAGUCGACCAUCCCGACCGCGUCAGCACUUUGACCAACCUAUCUACUCACCUAUCCAGUCGAUAUAAUCGGACAGGCAAUCUUGACGAUCUCGAGGCUGCGAUCAGCCGAGGUCAAGACGCCGUGGAUACUACUCCAGUCGACCAUCCCGACCGCGCAGGCCGUUUGAAUAACCUCUCUAAUCACCUAUCCAGUCGAUUUAAUCGGACAGGCAAUCUUGACGAUCUCGAGGCUGCGAUCAGCCGGGCUCAAGAUGCCGUGGAUACUACUCCAGUCGACCAUCCUAACUACGCAGCCAUUCUAAGCAACCUAUCUGAUCGUCUAUCUAGUCGAUAUAAGCGAGCGGGCAAUCUUGAUGAUCUCGAGGCUGCUAUCAGCCGGGCUCAAGAUGCCGUGCAGGCUACUCCAGUCGACUAUCCAAACCGCGUACGCCGUUUAAACGAUCUAUCUCUCCAUCUAGGCAGUCGAUAUGAACGGAUAGGCAAUCUUAAGGAUCUCGAGGCUGCUAUCAGCCUAGCUCAAGAUGCCGUACAGGCUACUCCAGCCGACCAUCCCAACCGCGCAGCCAUUCUAAGCAACCUAUCUACUCGUCUAUCCAGUCGUUUUAAGCGGACAGGCAAUCUUGACGAUCUCGAGGCUGCCAUCAGCCGGGCUCAAGACGCCGUGGAUACUACUCCAGCCGAUCAUCCCAACCGCGCAGCCAUUAUACAGAACUUGUCUAUUCGCCUCUUCAGUCGAUAUGAGCGAACGAGCAAUCUUGAUGAUCUCGAGGCUGCUAUCAGCCGGGCUCAGUACGCCGUGCAGGCUACUCCAGUCAACCAUCCCGACCGCGCACACCGUUUGAGCAACCUGUCUAUAUGUCUGUCCGGUCGAUAUGGACGGACACGUAAUCUUGACGAUCUUGAACUCGUACUGACAACGCUUGAGGAUGCUUUCUUUUCCACAACUGCCCCUCCGUCUCAUCGCGUUAUAGUAGCCCGUCGACUUCUUCGCACCUUGACGGAUCACGGUCGCUGGCACAAAGCUUCCUCUAUCGCCGAACACACAACCCAGCUCCUUCCUCUUCUUUGCGGCCGUCACCUCAACCGCCAGGAUCAGCAGUAUGCCAUCACCCAGACCGCAGGCUUAGCUGCUGAUAUCUGCACUAUAUUCCACCAUGAAAAGAAGCCCAACCAAGCUCUUCAGCAUCUUGAGUUCGGUCGUGGCCUGAUCCUUGGCUAUCUGAUCGACAGUCGUAGCAAUGUUGAUCAGCUCCACAAGGACCAUCCCCACCUGGCGACCGAGUACGACUACCUUCGGCGCACUUUGUCCCAGCCUUUACCGUCAGCGGAAUCUGAAGACACUGCACAUCUAGUCGAGCGUAAAUACCAGGCCUCCCGCAAGCUAGAAGACUGCCUGCAUGCUAUUCGCCAAGAGCCAGGGUUCACGCGCUUUCUCCUGGAGCCUGAAGUUCACACACUUACUGCUCAGGCCGCGGAGGGCCCACUGGUCGCGGUCAAUAUCACGGAUCUUGGUAGUCAUGCUUCGAUCGUUGUGGGAGGCCAAAUACACUCGCUGGAGCUACCCCUAAUACCAAGCAACUAUAACUUUGGUAUCAACGAGGCGCUAGCUCGGUUUCGGGCCGUAGGCCAGCGAGGCCCGCGCGAUAUCCAAAGUGAGCUGGAGGCCUCUCACCCAGUCGUCCCACUUACUGAGUUAUACUAUGAUGAUGAUGCUCUUUUCAGGCUAUGGGAUUACUAUGUCAAGCCCAUUCUGGAAUUCAUCGACUGUCAAGCAUGUAUGUCAAAGGACAAGUAUCGCAUCUGGUGGAUGGGAACCGGGGCAGCGAGCUCUCUUCCGUUCCAUGCCGCUAGAUAUCACGACGAUCCACUCCAAGGCACCAUGGCCCGUGCCAUCUCUUCAUAUAUACCAACCAUCAAGGCACUUGCCUAUUCACGGUCUCAGCUGUCUAAAUUACCAACCAGCGAUCCACGAACAUCGUUAGCUAUCAUGGCCAUGCCUACUACACCACAGGCAACAUCAUUACCAGGCAUUGUGUCCGAGAUCGAGGCCAUCGAAGCUGCUGCUGGUUCUGAAUUCACUCUCCAAGUGCAUCGAUAUCCCCAGUCACAGACUGUGCUGCGAGCUAUGCAAGAGAUUGACAUCAUCCACUUCGCAUGCCACGGCUCUUCCAACGCCUUCAACCCAUCCGAGAGCCAUUUACUCCUCCAGAAAGACGGACCAACUGGCCCGUUAGUUGACCGACUGACGGUGCAACAAAUCUCUGAUCGAAUGGUGGAACGUGCGCGCAUUGCCUUCUUAUCAGCGUGUUCGACUGCUGAAAUCACGGCGGGCAACUUCACCGACGAGGCGAUCCAUUUGGCCAGCGCAUUCCAGGUGGCCGGCUUCGGACACGUGAUUGCGUCAUUGUGGUCUGUGAAGGACGCUGUCUGCGCACCUGUAGCAUAUCAUUUCUAUCAUCAUCUCGCCCAGCAGACCACCAGGCCACUCAGCAAUCGAUCGAUUGCCGAGGCUCUGCACGAUGCUGUGUUAAAGAUCCGCGAGACUGAGAGUCCCAACGUCUGGGCAUCGUUUGUUCACUAUGGCGCCUGA